AAAUAUCCAUUACAGUUUAGAUCUCCAUACACUUAUAUUCAAAUUUUGAUUUUUUCAUUUGGAUUUUGAAUUUUCAAUACAAACAUACAUUCAUACAUACAUAUAUACAUAUAUAUUUUUAGAGAGAGAGGGGGAGAGAGAGAACAGAGGGGAGAUGUCGUCGACGGAGCAAUUGAUGGGCGGCGGCGGCGGCAGUGGGGCGAAGUACGUCCAAAUGCAAUCGGAGACGGAUUUUACGUCGAUGGCGUCGUCGUUUUAUUCGUUCCAUCACCAUGAUUAUGCGGACGGCGAGCCGGCGCGGAUUUUUUACGAGCUGCCUAAAGCUAUGAUUAUUCAAGUUUCGCGGCCGGAUGCUGGUGAUAUAAGUCCCAUGCAACUGACAUACACGAUUGAGUUCCGAUACAAACAGUUCAAGUGGCAGUUAAUGAAGAAAGCUUCGCAAGUUUUUUAUUUACACUUUGCAUUGAAGAAGCGAAAAUUUAUUGAGGAGAUCCACGAAAAGCAAGAGCAGGUCAAAGAAUGGCUUCAAAAUCUAGGAAUAGGAGACCAUGCAACAGUUAUUCAAGAUGAUGAGGAUGCAGAUGAGGCUGUUCCUUCACGCAAUGACGAGAUUGCUAAAAACAGAGAUGUUCCAUCAAGUGCUGCACUUUCAAUUAUUCGGCCGGCACUUUUAAGGCAGCAUUCAAUGUCUGACCGAGCAAGAGGAGCAAUGCAGGGAUACUUGAAUCACUUUUUAAGUAACAUAGAUAUAGUAAAUUCCCAGGAGGUGUGUAAGUUUUUGGAAGUUUCCAAGCUGUCUUUCUCACCAGAGUAUGGUCCUAAGCUAAAGGAAGAUUACAUUAUGGUCAAGCAUUUACCAAAGAUUUUGGACAAUGAAGAUCGCAUAAAAUGUUGUGCAUGUCCAUGGUUCUGUUGCUGCAGAGAUAAUUGGCAGAAGGUAUGGGCAGUGCUAAAACCUGGGUUCCUGGCCUUCCUUAAAGAUCCUUUUGAUCCCAAUCCCAUAGACAUUGUAGUUUUUGAUGUUCUACCAGCCUCAGAUGGCAAUGGAGACAGCCGAGUAUCCUUGGCAAAAGAAGUUCACGACCAUAAUCCAUUACGUCAUUAUUUCAGGGUGACUUGUGGGACUAGGAGCAUAAAGCUCAGAACAAAAAGCGAUGAAAAAGUUAAAGAUUGGGUGGCUGCAAUCAAUGAUGCUGCUAUUCGACCACCUGAAGGUUGGUGUCACCCCCAUCGAUUUGGUUCUUUUGCUCCACCCCGAGGUCUGACUGAAGAUAGUAGUCAAGCUCAGUGGUUUGUGGAUGGACGUGCUGCAUUUGAAGCUAUUGCUUUGGCCAUUGAGGAAGCUAAAUCAGAGAUUUUCAUAUGUGGGUGGUGGAUGUGCCCAGAACUAUUCCUACGGCGUCCAUUUCGUGCUAAUGCAUCCUCUAGGCUUGAUUCUUUACUGGAAUCUAAAGCCAAGCAAGGUGUUCAGAUCUACAUUCUUCUAUACAAAGAGGUUGCCCUAGCUCUGAAAAUAAACAGUGUCUAUAGCAAGAAAAAGCUUCUGGGCAUUCAUGAGAAUAUCAGAGUACUUCGUUAUCCUGACCAUUUUUCUUCUGGUGUCUAUUUAUGGUCCCACCAUGAAAAGAUUGUUAUUGUGGACCACCAAAUAUGUUUUGUUGGAGGACUUGAUCUGUGCUUUGGUCGUUAUGACUCUGGUGAGCAUCAAGUGGGUGAUUAUCCAUCUCAAAUUUGGCCUGGCAAAGAUUAUUACAAUCCAAGGGAAUCUGAACCUAAUUCCUGGGAAGACACAAUGAAGGAUGAAUUAGAUCGAUUCAAAUAUCCACGCAUGCCUUGGCAUGAUGUCCACUGUGCUCUCUGGGGGCCUCCCUGCCGUGACAUAGCUCGACAUUUUGUACAGAGAUGGAACUAUGCAAAGAGAAAUAAGGCUCCAAAUGAACAAGCAAUUCCACUGCUUUUGCCUCAGCACCACAUGGUUAUCCCUCAUUACAUGGGAAAAAGCACAGAGACAGAGAUUGAAAAUGAGGAUAACUACAGCAAUAAUAAACCAAUCAAAAGAAAUGACUCCUUUUCCUCAUCGUAUCAAGAUGUCCCAUUGCUUUUGCCUCAAGAGGCUACUGGGCUAGAUGAUGUAAAGAUUGAACCUAAACUAAAUGGAUUUAACGCACAGCAUGAUCAUCAUGGUCAGCCAAGCAGGAGUACCAAGACUUCUUUCUGCUUCCGUAAAUCCAAAGUUGAACCACUAAUCCCAGAUAUGCCCAUGAGGGGUUUCGUGGAUGAUCUGGACUCCCUGGAUAUCCAGCGUGAGUUCUCUUCCCAUGUGAAGAAGUCUGGCCCAGAAGUUUCAGAGAUGGAAUGGUGGGAAGCACAGGAACGAGGUGAUCAAGUUGUUUCUUCUGAUGAAAUUGGGCAGGUCGGUCCUCGUGUUUCAUGUCGCUGUCAGAUUAUACGGAGUGUCAGCCAAUGGUCAGCUGGCACAAGCCAGAUUGAAGAAAGUAUUCACAAAGCAUACUGUUCACUUAUUGACAGAGCAGAACAUAUUGUUUACAUUGAGAAUCAAUUCUUCAUCUCUGGUCUAUCAGGUGAUGAAACUAUUCAAAAUCGUGUGUUGGAUGCAUUAUAUAGGCGUAUCGUGCGAGCUCACAAUGAAAAGAAGUGUUUCAGGGUUAUUGUUGUCAUACCUCUUCUACCGGGGUUCCAGGGCGGUGUGGAUGAUUCUGGUGCUGCAUCUGUGAGAGCCAUUAUGCACUGGCAAUAUCGGACAAUAUGUAGAGGACACAAGUCAAUACUGCAUAAUCUCUAUGAAUUUCUUGGCCCUAAAACGCAUGAUUAUAUAUCUUUUUUUGGUCUGAGAGCAUAUGGCAGACUUUUUGAUGGUGGACCUAUUGCCACUAGUCAGGUAUAUGUUCAUAGCAAGAUAAUGAUUGUUGAUGAUCGCUAUGCAUUGAUUGGAUCUGCUAAUAUCAAUGAUAGAAGUUUGCUUGGAUCUAGAGAUUCUGAGAUUGGAGUACUAAUCGAGGACAAUGAAUUUGUUGAUUCAUUGAUGGGAGGCAAGUCUUGGAAAGCUGGGAAAUUUGCAUUGAGUCUUCGCCUUUCACUAUGGUGUGAACACCUUGGUCUCCAUGCAGGAGAGGUUAAUAAAAUAAGAGAUCCAGUGAUUGAUUCAACCUAUAAGGAUAUAUGGAUGGCAACUGCAAAGACAAAUACAAUGAUCUACCAAGAUGUGUUUUCCUGCUUACCAAAUGAUUUGAUAAAUACAAGGAUUUCCCUCCGACAAUGCAUGGUCUCGUGGAAGGCCAAGGUUGGCCACACGACUACUGAUUUAGGUAUAGCCCCUAACAAGCUAGAAAGCGACGCCACAAAUGCUGACCCCAUGGAAAGAUUGAAAUCUCUUAGGGGACACCUCGUUUCAUUUCCUCUGGAAUUCAUGUCCAAGGAAGAUCUGAGGCCCGUUUUCAACGAAAGCGAAUACUACGCUUCACCUCAGGUUUUUCAUUGAGAUCAACCCGAACUCCAUCAACUGGGACGAGGGCCGUCGUCUACUCUUUCCCAAUGGGUACAAAUUGUCAUUUGGUAACCACACACUUGCUCUUCUACACAAAGCCGGUUGUUGUAUAUUAACAGUUAAAGGAGAUAAUUUACAGCUGCAGCAGUAAAUAAAGGUCUCAUCCAUGUAUUUUGAUAGCUACAAUAAUGAUGGAAGUUUCUUGUUUAAUUAUUCAUGGACAUAUAGAUAUAUUUUUUCCACAUUGCAGAACUCUUAUUGUAUUGUGUAUAUCUCAAUUUUGUGAUCCAGAUAAUUGAUUUUUCUUUUA